ACCGUGAGUGGUGCUGCUUAUGUGCUUAUCUCGAUUGUGUUUUCUCGUCUGGCACCUGCGAGGAGAGUCUCUAGUUAGUUUAGUGGAUCCUCCUCAAACAAUUUCGUUAAUAGUUUUAGUAAACCAACUGAAACUCGGCCAUAGAGAGAGAAAAAUAAAAAUUCGGGUGCGAUGGAGUGUGACGAUGCUGCUGUUGAAAGGCAGAAGCUGGUGUCCAACGACGAGGAGGACGACCAGGCCACAAUCACCAACCUAUCGUCAAGCGGCCAGGCCAAAUCAAUUCAAACGCCAAUCUCCCCCGUGCUCAGCAAUAAGAUUUUCUCCAGCAGCGAUACCAGUCGCAGCCACAAUUCCACUAGCUAUCCAGCGAGUGUUGGCAAGGUCAACAAUCAAAGCAGCGAUGGUCCUCCAGCAGCCCGACUGAACUACGUCAACGAACGCAAAAACCAGGAAGCUCCCAAGGCCAAACCGAAAAAAAUUCAAAGAGAUCUCACUCCAAACAGCGAGAUCAGCUCAAGCAACAGUAGUAGUUUUCCACUUAGUUCCCGGCGCAACAUGCACAAUCUGCGCAAUCAGCAGCAGCAACAACCACAAUAUAAUCUCCACACGGGGACCGAUAGGUCCUCUGAUCACUCGCUUCUGGCCAGUAGCAGCAGCAGCCGCCAGCACUCGAAUGCUGCGACUGCCAACAGUAGCUCGAUUAGUUUGAACAAAAGUCACAGCUUUACCUCGCGACCACUAAAGCAUCACUCUUUCAUAUCAGAAGUGCCGGACGUGCGACACAUGGAACGGGCCCUGCUCGGUUUGCUGGAGGAUUUCCAUUCGGGAAAGCUAAAAGCGUUCGGAUCUGGUUGUACGAUGGAACAGAUGACGAGCAUCCGCGAACAGCAGGAAAGUCUAGCGAAGCUUCACUUUGAUCUGGGCAACGAGUGUUCGCUGAGCAACAAUACCGGCACGAACAACGAGGCACAAUCCCAGAACAACAUGAAAAAGCUGGUCAACAAACUAGAACAGCUAUCGUUUUCCAUAGAAAAACUUCACUCCAGCAAGGUGGAACCCUAGUUUUUUCCGUUAGUUACUAUACUCAUGAAGUUUUGGAACAUAUUUCGAGAACAUGCUCACAUCGAUGAUCGAAAUUUUUUUAUCAAGAAAUUUUGUUUAUUCAUUUAGGGUAAGUGCCAAUAUUCAGUGAAAGUUUAUGGAAUAACAGUUCUCAUCAGUUAAUUUUUUUCUGAAACAAUUGAAUCUUGAGAUGUGUUCCACUAGGUGCUAGGUUCAAACUUCGAUGGAUUAUUUUGGUUUCCAUUCACUAGAUGACGAAGGUUUUGAAAAAUAAAAUUUUAUUUAUCUUUUA